UACGUGGCAAGCUCUGGUUUUGCAUGGCAUCUCUCUCACUGACACCGUUUACCACUCUACUUUUAUAUAUAUUUAUACAUAUACUCUCUCCUUGUAUAGAACUCUAAAGCUGUCUAUCUUUGCAGCUCAUUCUUCUCUUUUAUUAAAGUUUCUAUUUUUAUUGCAGCCCAUAGUUUUUCUGGGCUUAAAAAUUAUAUCUUUAAGCUGGUUUCUGGGGAAUCAAUGGCUAAGGGUCUCUCUGUUAUGUGGGUUUUGCUUGGACUGUUGAUCUUGGUUGCAAAUGGUGGAGCUGCUCGUUGGGAGUCCACGAUUCGUAUGCCUACUGAGAAGGUUGAUGAGGCUGAGGAGGAUUCAGAGGGUGAAACUGGGACCAGAUGGGCUAUUCUUGUGGCUGGUUCAUCUGGUUAUGGAAAUUAUAGGCAUCAGGCUGAUGUGUGCCACGCGUAUCAGCUGCUGAGAAAAGGUGGGUUGAAAGAGGAGAACAUAGUGGUGUUCAUGUAUGAUGAUAUUGCCAAGAGUAAACUCAACCCAAGGCCUGGGGUCAUCAUCAACCAUCCACAGGGUGAAGAUGUCUAUGCUGGAGUACCAAAGGAUUAUACUGGUCACUAUGUAACCACAGAGAAUCUAUAUGCAGUACUUCUUGGGGAUAAGAAAGCAGUGAAAGGUGGAAGUGGCAAGGUUAUAGACAGCAAACCCAAUGACAGGAUCUUCAUAUACUACUCAGAUCAUGGAGGCCCUGGAGUUCUUGGAAUGCCCAACAUGCCUUUCCUUUAUGCCAUGGAUUUCAUUGAAGUUUUGAAGAAGAAACAUGCUGCAGGGACUUAUAGAGAGAUGGUGAUAUAUGUAGAAGCAUGUGAGAGUGGGAGCAUUUUUGAAGGUAUAAUGCCUAAAGAUAUGAACAUUUAUGUAACUACAGCUUCAAAUGCACAAGAAAACAGUUGGGGAACCUAUUGUCCUGGGAUGGAGCCUUCUCCACCCCCAGAGUACAUCACUUGCUUGGGUGAUUUGUACAGUGUUGCCUGGAUGGAGGAUAGUGAGGGCCACAAUUUGAAGAGAGAAACUAUUAAACAACAAUAUGACACGGUGAAGACAAGGACUGCGAACGCCAACGAUUUCAUCAAUGGCGGAUCUCAUGUGAUGGAGUAUGGUAAUAGAAGUAUAAGAGCUGAGAAGCUCUAUCUCUACCAAGGCUUUGAUCCUGCCACUGUUAACUUCCCUCCCAACAAUAACAAACUACACAUGCCUAUGGAAGUAGUUAACCAAAGAGAUGCAGAACUCUACUUCAUGUGGCAAUUGUACAAAAGAUCAGAAUCAGAAAAGAAGACAGAGAUAUUGAAACAGAUAAAGGACACAACAAGGCACAGAACUCACUUAGAUGAGAGCAUGAAACUGAUAGGCUCACUCCUUUACGGUCCACGAAAUAGUGAUGCUGUACUAAACUCUGUUAGAUCACCUGGUCUUCCGCUAGUCGAUGACUGGAGCUGUUUGAAGUCGAUGGUUCAGGUGUUCGAAAGGCACUGCGGCUCGCUGACGCAGUAUGGCAUGAAACACAUGCGCGCAUUUGCCAACAUAUGCAACAAUGGUGUCUCCCAAUCUUCAAUGGAGGAAGCUUGUUUGGCUGCCUGUGCCAACCAUGAUGCUGGCCAAUGGCAUCCUUCGAACCAAGGUUUUAGCGCAUGAUGAUGAAACUCCCAAGCAGUAGUGUACUUUGUUAGAAAGCUUUUGCAUAUCCAUAUAUAUAGAUAUGUAUUAUAUAUAAAUAUAUUUUUAUAUAUAAGUAGAGCUACUUAUGAUAUGAUAUAAACUUUAAUGUUAUAGUACUCAUUAAUAUGUAAAUAUGUAAGGUAACCAGGCAUUUCUAUAAUUUUUUUUUUUUUGGCGAGUGAUGUAUGAAAUCUAUAGGAGCAACUUAAUAAAUCUUAAUCACACUACUUUCAGUUUUCUUUUA